CUGGUUACAGUGGGAGAUGCUGUGACGGCUGCAAGUCCAACCGCAGUAACCCUCAGCUUUCUCACAUCCUCCAUAAUAUUGCUGCCAUAAAACCCAAUCCUCUCCUUCCUUUCUCCUGCAUCUGAGCUUUGUUAACCCAUAUCUUUUCUUUUCCCUAAUUGUCUCUCAUGAAUUCGAUCAAUUCCUUCUUCUAAUCUGAGAUUGUGAACUUUCUUAUAUUUUUCUUGAAUUGUUGGUUUCAAAGGUCCUAUUUUGGGCGCAAAUGGAUCUCCUCAAGAUCGCGCUCGCCGUCUCGAUCCUGUUGAUCGUUGUCUCUCCCUCGGCGUCCUCGUCUACGCCCCUCAAUUGCUCCGACACGACGCGCGUCUGCACCUCCUUCCUUGCCUUCAAGGCGGGCCGCAGCGUCCCCCUCUCCCAAAUCCAGAGCAUGUUCGACGUCUUCCCUGAGGACGUCACCGCGGACGAGGGCAGCAGCCCUGGCUACGUCUUCAUCCGCAAGAACUGCUCGUGCCUCUCCAACAACGAGUACCUCACCAACACCACCUUCACGGUGCGGGAGGAGGUGAGCUCUGUGUAUCCUGUGGUCGCACAGUCCUACCAAGGGCUCGCCUUCCUGCCCAACAUGACCCUACGGGCCGCACGGGCCAAGGCCGUCGUGUCCCUGCACCUGCUCUGCGGGUGCUCCAGCGGGCUGUGGAAUUACCUGCUGACCUACGUGAUGGAGGACGGCGACUCGAUCGAAUCACUGUCGAGUAGGUUCGGAGUCAGUAUGGACAGUAUCGAGACGGUGAAUGGGAUGUCCGGUCCUGAUGGGGUCGUCGUCGGCGACGUUUAUUACAUCCCGCUGAAUUCUGUUCCUGGCCUGCCUUACUCUUCAGAUACUGGAAUCGCUCCUUCUCCAGCUCCAGCUCUCUCACCACCAUUGACCACAUUUUCAGCCAAGACUGUGCAUCAAUCAGCUGGUUUCCCUUAUGGAUGGGUUUUUGGGAGUAUGGGUGUUUCUCUUGUUCUGAUAAUUGUGGCACUGUUCUCAUUCAUUUCUUUCAAGUCCUUCAAUUCAAGGAAUGAAACAAAAGAUCCUGAUCGGCCUGUGUCCCUUAAGUUCCAUAUUCUGCGGAACACUAGCUUCUGUUGUGCUUCAGGAAGGUAUCUCUGCUGUAAAUAUGGGAAUCUGAAAUCAGCUACCGGGGAUGCAGGAAGUCACCAUGUCAACAUUCCCAAAGGUAUGGUGGGUGAUGCAUUUGACAUGGAAAAGCCUAUUGUCUUCAAGCAUGAAGAAAUACUUUCUUCUACUGAUAACUUUUCUGAUACAAAUCUACUGGGCCAUGGGAAAUAUGGUUCUGUGUAUUAUGGGGUCCUUCGAGACCAGGAGGUUGCAAUAAAAAGAAUGGCUGCUCUGAAAACUAAGGAAUUUAUGGCAGAGAUGAAAGUGCUCUGCAAGGUCCAUCAUGCUAGUCUGGUAGAAUUGAUUGGUUAUGCUGCAACUGAUGAUGAGCUCUUCCUCAUCUAUGAAUAUGCUGAGAAGGGUUCACUCAAGAGUCAUCUGCAUGAUCCACAAAACAAGGGACAGACGACACUAUCUUGGAUAUCUAGGGUUCAAAUUUCACUAGAUGCUGCUAGAGGCCUAGAAUACAUUCAUGAGCAUACCAAAAAUCAUUAUGUUCAUCGGGACAUCAAGACAAGCAACAUCCUGCUUGAUGGUUCUUUCAGAGCAAAGAUAUCAGACUUUGGGCUUGCUAAACUUGUUGCAAAGACAGGUGAUGGAGAAGCUUCUACUACUAAAGUUGUUGGAACUUUUGGGUAUUUGGCACCAGAAUACCUACGUGAUGGUCUUGCCACCACAAAAAGUGAUGUUUAUGCAUUUGGGGUUGUCCUUUUUGAGCUAAUAUCAGGCAAAGAAGCAAUAACAAGGACAGAAGGAAUGGUUUUAUCUAAUUCAGAGAGACGUUCUUUGGCAUCAAUAAUGUUAGCUGCUUUGAGAAACUCUCCAAACUCAAUGAGCAUGGGAAGCCUGAGAGACUAUAUCGAUCCCAGUUUGAUGGAUCUGUAUCCUCAUGACUGUGUCUAUAAGAUGGCAAUGCUGGCCAAGCAAUGUGUGGAUGAAGAUCCAAUAUUAAGACCAGACAUGAAACAAGUGGUGAUUUCUCUGUCCCAAAUCCUGUUAUCUUCCGUCGAGUGGGAGGCAACAUUGGCUGGGAACAGCCAAGUCUUCAGUGGCCUCGUACAGGGAAGGUAAUUAGUCGGUCAAGUCUUCCUUCCUCGAGCAUAAUGCUUUGGGUUCUCGACUACCCGUCUUCCCCGGUAUUGACUAAAAGUGUAUAUGAAGAUGAUGACUCUCUCUGGCGUGCUAUGGGUCAUUAAAAUAUUCUUGUCAUCUGUAUUCUUUUGAAGUAUGUCUCCGGUACGAGAUGUAUUUGAUAAAAUGUGCAUUAGAGCAUGUAUCGUUUCUUGAAUGAGUUCAACUGGACUGGUACUUCAGGGUGACACAUUAUGUGGUCUGGUAAAUUGCUUAUUUUGUUAGCAUCAACAUGUAAUGUUUAUGUAGUAAUAUUCUAUCCAAUCCUAUGUUUGUUCA